UACGUUGAGUUUGUCUACGCUGUUUGGCUGUACAAGAGUGAAGUUUGCAUACUCAUGAUACUGUGAUUGUUUGGAGAACCUUAAUUUUACAAAAGCGCAUCUAUCAACACGUCUAACCGUUACUGGGUAUAGAUUCAGAUUGAAUGACUGGAGCAGGUUGAAAUAGGAGUGCUGAGAGAUGGAUGGCUCGGAAACCCAGAAGUGUACAGAUGAUGAAUUUGAGGAUGUGUCCAGACUUCAGACGGAUCUGCAGACGGGGAUCAUUGAGGUGCCGCUGUCGUGCGAGUCUUCAAUCGCUGCGGGUCCAGAAAUGCCGCCAGUGAAGAGGAGGCGUGGCCGCCCGCCCCGCGGUCGCAGCGCGUCGACCGCCGGGCGUUCUGUGACUCGGUCUCGACGAUGUACUGCUAAGAAGCAGGACGGCACGGCACCUCCGCUGCCCGUCAAAGCUGCCAGCAAGAUUCGUACUAAAGCCGAGCUCGUGCGGCGUCACAUAGGGAGGCAUAACAUUCAGCGGUGGGAUAGAUUGAAGCAGCAGUUUGCAUGUAAGACGGACCAGGAGUUCACGAAAGGGUUGCUAAACAUCGCAGACUAUACGAUCAGGGUGCACAUACAGGUAAGUGCCGUCCUGUCCAAAAGGUGGCAGCAGCAGAUGCUUUUGCUGGGCUUCACAUCGGACGAGGCAUUCGCCGACUAUCUACUGAAUCUCAGUGAGAAACUCGGCAGCAACUCUCGCCCGAGCGACAAAACCGUGACGACAGACGACUCCAGCCAGCUGUACGCCAACGAUGACGGUGGCGGCGGCAGCGCACCCCACAUCGCUAACGACUGUCCGGCGAACAGCGAGCGAAACCCCGCCGUCGUCGCGGCGACGCCACGUCACGCGACGGUGAAAAUCAACGACGUGUUCGGCCGGCCGAGAAUGCAGCAGCGCGGGGGCCGGCCGGCGAAGGACGGCGACGAGGGCGACGAGCGCGCAUCACCCGAGGCGACGCACGUGCGCGGCGUCGGCCCGAUUGCCGUCGCAGACGUCUGCCUGCAGGUCGGCGACAGCGCGACGAACGGAAACGCCGCCGCCUCUCCGGAGAACGAUGACGACGCCGUCGCCGUGCAGGUGCAUCGCUACGCGUUGCCAGGGCGACGGAAGCGUGCAGUGCACCGGAGCCGCGCGACGCAGACGCGUCUCCGCGGCAACGGUGGCCGCCGCGGCGAGAAGCGCGCGCACGUCUGCGAGGAGUGCGGCGCCCGCUACGCGUCCGUCGGCUCCUUGCGCGCGCACGCGCUGCGUCACCGCGGCGACGGUGCAGCAGCGAAGUGCGAGCGCUGCGGGUUCACGUCGGCGAGCCGGCAGAGCGUCGCGCAGCACGCGGCGCGCGUGCACGCCGAGAAUCGGCAGCGCUCGUUCGUCUGCGAGAUCUGCGGGCACGGCUACUACGACCGCAACACGAUGCUGCAGCACCGGCGGCUGCACUCGGACGAGGGCAUCCCGUGCGAGCGCUGCGGCAAGCAGUUCAAGAACGCGCUCUACCUGAAGCGGCACCGGCGCACGCACGCCGACUACGAGGGCACGCCGUGCGCCGAGGGCUGCGGCAAGACGUUCAAGAGCCGCGCGAACAUGCUCAGCCACGUCGUGAAGAUCCACAGCGCGGGCAAGGCGCUCACGUGCCCGUACGCCGGCUGCGCGAAGACGUUCCGCUACCGCGGCAUCCUCAACAACCACGUGCGCACGCGGCACGUGCGCCGCGACCGCUCGAUCCGCUGCUCGUGGGCCGGCUGCGCGAAGACGUUUCGCGAGAAGAAGCACCUCGACGUUCACGUGCGCAUCCACACGGACGAGAAGCCGCUGCGCUGCGAGCUCUGCGACUACCGUUGCCGCCAGCGCAACGCCCUCAACUGGCACAUGAAGAAACACGCGGCGGCGGCGGUGGCGCUGCCGCUCGCUGAGCCCGUCGCGCACGACGUCUCCAUGGCGAUGAGUCACCAGCAGCAGCCGGACCCGGCCGCGGCACUGUCGGCGGCGCCGCCUGCCUCGCACUUCCAGGGGGCGCUGCUGCCGCAGGGUCACGCGCACGCGAACUUCCCCGCUCAGCACCAGGGGGCGCCGCCGGCGGCGAUGCAGCAUCCGCUGACGAUGGCGAUGUUUCCGCAGAACCUCGACGUGCACUACUACGCGACGAAUAGCGCGCCGUACGGUCUCUACGAGCGCCAUGACAGGGGCUACAUGACGUGA